AUGAAGCUCCCAUCUUCUCUGGACAUCCUUCUCGCCAGACAGGCGGUUGGUGGUAUUGAGGUUGACUACAACUCACCACCCCCAGACCUGUCCACACUCCCUGAGAACUCGCUGUUCGACACCUGGAGACCCAAGAUCCACGUUCUGCCUCCAAAUGGCCAGAUUGGGGAUCCGUGUGCGCAUUACAAUGAUCCGGCCACGGGCUUGUUUCAUGUCGGAUUCCUCCACAAUGGAACCGGCAUUUCCAGCGUCUACACCGAUGACCUGGUAACCUAUCGUGAUAUAAACCCUAACGGGGGCUACAUUAUCGUUGCUGGCGGCCCCAAUGACCCCUUAGCCGUCUUCGAUGGAUCUGUCAUCCCCAGUGGAAUUGAUGACCUGCCUACGCUCCUUUAUACUUCCGUCACGUCCUUGCCAAUCCAUUGGACUCUUCCAUAUACCCUUGGAAGCGAGACUCAGUCACUGGCUGUGUCUGACGACGGUGGCCACCACUUCGACAAGCUCGACCGAGGCCCGGUCAUUCCGCUUCCGCCAGACGGACUCGAUGUUACGGCCUUCCGCGACCCAUACGUAUUCCAAAAUCACGAGCUGGAUGAAGUUGUCGGUAGUGACCCAGAUACAUGGUAUGCCACCGUAUCUGGGGGAGUCCAUGAUGUAGGACCCGGAAUAUUUCUCUACCGCAACCAAGACCCUUCAUUUGAGAACUGGGAAUAUCUAGGCGAGUGGUGGCAAGAACCCGCCAACUCGACCUGGGGUGACGGCACCUGGGCCAAACGCUGGGGCUACAAUUUCGAAACGGGCAACGUCUUCUCUCUUGAUCGAGAAGGGUACAACGUUGACGGCCACACGUUCAUUACUGUUGGCGUUGAGGGUGCAUACGCGCCAAUCCAGCCCUCGGUUACAUCCAUGCAUGCCAUGCUGUGGGCAGCGGGAAACGUUUCCUCAGAGAAUGGCGAAAGCGCUACCUUCACGCCUUAUAUGGCCGGUGCUUUGGACUGGGGCAUGGCCGCAUACGCCGGUGCUGGAAAGGUUCUCCCCAGCACUUCUCAGGCUUCUGAGAAGAGUGGAGCGCCAGACCGCUUCAUCUCGUGGGUUUGGCUCACAGGCGAUGAAUUUGGCGCUGCCGCUGGAUUCCCUGGUGCCCAGCAGGGAUGGCAGAAUACUCUUCUGCUCCCGCGUGAACUGAGUAUACAUACAAUCCCCAAUGUGGUCGAUAACGAACUCGUCCACGAGACUGCGUCCUGGCGCGUGGUGGAGCAUGACGGCGAGAGAAAAUCGGGUGGUGUCGAGCUGGAGACACUGGGAAUCAAUAUUGCGAGGGAGACAUACGAUGCAAUCGUCGCCUCUUCAACCUCGUUUGAGGAGCCUCCGCGAGACCUAAAUGAAGCCGGCACUGUUCCAUUUGAGCGCUCGCCCACUAGCAGGUUCUUUGCCCUUGAAGCCCAAAUCUCCUUCCCCCAGUCAGCGCGAGACUCUGAAGUUCAGUCCGGAUUUCAAAUCCUUGCUUCUGAGUUCGAGUGGACGACAAUCUAUUAUCAAUUUUCGAACGAGUCGAUUGUCAUUGACCGUAACCAAACAAGUGCUGCAUCUGAGACUACACCUGGUCUCGGUACUGUGACCGAGUCUGGCCGUAUCCGGCUUUUCGAUAUCGCGGGUGAUUGCGAUCAUGAUGGACACGGAGGACACGAUGGUGGCCACGAGGGUGACGGUGACCACAACGGCGGCAACCACAAUGGCGAUGGGGGUGACAAGGACCGUGCUCGCCCCCAGAAGCAAGAUGGCUCCUGCGACAAAGACCACGAUAAGAUUGAGACAUUGGAUCUCACCAUUGUCGUCGAUAACUCGGUGCUUGAAGUUUACGCCAACUCACGAUUUGUUGUGUCGACCUGGGUUCGACCUUGGUAUGCCAAUUCAACGGAGAUUCGCUUCUUCCACAACGGCGAGGGCGAGGUCAGCUUUGGCAACAUUGCUGUGCAUGAUGGCCUGUAUGAUGCGUAUCCGGACAGGGCCAACUGA